AAAAAAAAGGCAAUGACCCAAGUGAGUGUUCUCUCUCUCUUGCAUUCAAAACGAAAAACAAGCCGUUCCUCGCCGUUUUGGCCUUUGUACUUUAAAACUUGUCUGCUCUUCUAAAACAAAAUCAUUACCGGCAUAAAAACCCAUCUUAUUCUUAUUUUUAGAGAGGCUGUUUUCGUGACUCAAAUUUUGAGAUUGUUGAAAUCAAAUCUAUGGAAGACAAUUCCAUGAUCAAAUGGACCGAGCCCGGGUUCUCUGGACCCUGUUUGUGUGUUUUUUGUAACAUGUUUUUGAUUUUGUGAAGAACAAUGGAAGCUGAAUUGUCCAAGUCCAGGGGCUGGGGGGGCGGGGGCGGGGGCUGGGGCUGGUGGUUACUUGUAUUAGUGAUCGCAGCUCUUGUUUUCGCCGCAUCUCUGCUCACUCUUUGGAGGAGUUUUUGUCAUUGGGACUCAAGGCGUCACCAUGUUUCGGGAUCUCCAGGUGCCAUUGUCGACAAAUAUGCAGCUGCUCUUAGCAUUGCUAUGCAAUUUUUCGAUGUCCAAAAAUCUGGUAAGUUGGUGAACAACAGGAUUGCUUGGAGAGGUGAUUCGGGACUAGAAGAUGGAAGGGACGUGAAUUUAGACCUAUCCAAGGGAAUGUAUGAUGCCGGAGAUUUAAUCAAGUUUGGCUUUCCAAUGGCUUUCACUGCAACAGUUUUGUCGUGGUCCAUCCUCGAGUAUGGAGACCACAUGAAAGCAGUAAAGGAGUUGGAACAUGCUCAAGACUCGCUCAAGUGGAUCACUGAUUAUCUCAUCAAUGCCCACCCUUCUGACAAUGUGCUCUAUAUUCAGGUGGGUGAUCCAGAAUUGGACCACAAGUGUUGGGAAAGGCCUGAACUCAUGACAGAAAUGAGGCCUCUCACGCAGAUUAACACAACACAUCCAGGAACAGAAGUUGCAGCUGAAACCGUGGCAGCCAUGGCAUCUGCAUCGCUAGUUUUCAAGAAAAUCGACUCCACUUACUCGAAAUUGCUCCUCAGGCAUGCCCAACAAUUGUUUGCUUUUGCUGAUACUUAUCGAGCUUCUUACAGUAUUAGCAUCCCACAAGUUCAGACAUACUAUAAUUCUACAGGAUACGGGGAUGAACUCUUGUGGGCAGCGUCGUGGCUCUAUCUUGCAACUGCAGAUCAGUCGUACCUUAGAUAUGUGACGGUUCAAAAUGGGAACGCGUUUGCAAAUUGGGGAAGUCCUAGUUGGUUUACUUGGGAUAACAAGUUAGCCGGAACUCAGGUUUUGUUGUCUAGGAUAAACUUCUUCGGUGCAGAAGGAAUAUCAACAGCAGAAAAUCUUGACCUCCAGAUGUACAGGAUAACCGCGGAGGCACUUAUGUGUGGGCUACUACCAGAUUCCCCAACCGCCACAUCCCACAAAACCGACAGAGGACUGAUAUGGAUCAGCCCGUGGGACGCCUUGCAAUAUCCCAUAGCCUCUGCAUUUCUAGCAGUCCUUUUUAGCGACUACAUGGUCAGGUCUCAGACGUCAACUCUGUACUGUGAUGGGGAAUUGUUCAAGCCAAUGGACCUACGCAAUUUCGCCAUUUCACAGGUUGAGUAUGUGUUGGGCAACAAUCCGAUGGAGAUGAGCUAUUUGGUUGGCUAUGGGAACAAAUACCCUCAAUAUGUACACCACAGGGGGGCUUCAAUUCCGGUUGAUGCCACCACUGGCUGUGAAGAUGGGUUCAAAUGGCUUAACUCAACCAAUCCCAAUCCAAAUUUGGCAAUUGGAGCACUUGUCGGAGGACCAUUCCAAAAUGAGACUUAUAUAGAUUCCCGGAACAACUCAAUGCAAGGUGAACCAACCACUUACAACAAUGCGCUCAUUGUUGCACUCCUCUCUGGAUUGGUAACUGCUUCUUCAGUAGUCCCGUCUUUCACUUAAAAAAUA